CGCCUCCUCCCAUCUUGACACCAAUGCCGCUGCCACCCAAACCCCCAACCCUCUGGACGAUCUGCCAUCUGAGUGUUGGGUGGGUUUUGCACUUCCCAGACCUGGGUCAGAGGCACUGAGGGAUUUGUAAACUUGUGAUCGAGAUCACCAGCUUUCAGCCCUGGGUCUCCUCUUCACUGUUUGGUAUUUAUAGGUCUGUCUCUCCUCCCAGGAUUACAAAAGAAGCCCGCCAUGCCUCUGGGAAAACCUGCCCCCUUAAACAAGAGGAAAAAGCUCUCCAAGAUCAUAACCGACCUAUCACAUAUCACUCAGGAUGAGUAUGAAUCGGAGCCAGAGGCAUCAGAGUUUGACCUGGGAACAAAGAUCAGGACUCCCAAAGACAUCAUGCUGGAGGAGCUUUCCCUGAUGAAGAACCGGGGCUCCAAGAUGUUCAAGAUGAGACAGAAGAGAGUGGAGAGGUUCAUCUACGAAAACAAUCCCGACAUCUUCAGCAGUGAGUCUAUGGACAACCUCCAGAAGUUUGUUCCUUCCCUGGGAGGUCAGAUGGGAAGUCAGAUGAUAAAUGUUGGUGGGCAUCACCUUAGCAAACAGGCUGGACAAGUGUAUUUUGGAGGGAUACGCGUAGGAGGAGGAGGAGCCCCUAUGCCUCCUCCGAAGCCUGGAAGCAAAGGUGCAGGAGCAGGAGGUAUAGGAGGUGCAGGAGGAGCAGGAGGACUGGGUGGGGGCGAUGGUAGUGGACAGGACGCAGGAGCUACAGAGUGGUCUCCACUAAAAGGAGGUGGAAAAGGUGAUUUAACUAACAAGGAGCUUCAUGUGAAGGGGUAUGUGUCACCAUGGGAGAAGGCCAUGAAGGGUGAUGAGGGUCUGAUAUCCACUCUGAAAACUGGAAUGCCUGGUCCCAUUGACAAAAAGGAACUGGUCAAGUACAAAUCCUUUAACAGGACUGCCAUGCCCUUCGGCGGAUUUGAAAAGGCCAACCAGUUCUUGAAAUUCCAACUGCCAGAAACUGAAACCAAAGAGGAGCCCGAACCUGCGGUGGUAUACCAACAUGACAUCGGCUGCCGGCCUUCCUUCAACCGCACUCCUAUCGGCUGGGUGGGCAGCAGUGAGCCCGGCAGCAUUCACAUGGAGACGGAUGCUGUGCCCUUUGAUGGAGAGACCGAUGAGCUGUGAAAACAUAUUCAUACUGUAACUGCAUACACUGUGCACAUAGACACACACAAGCAUGUAGUAUCCACACACACUGUUUAGAUGAGCUUACAAGUACCUGACAUGCUGAUGGAUCUCAGUGCGAAUAACUGAAAGCGGACAUGAAAUGUGUUCAUGUUCUUAUCUUGCUCUGAAUUUGGUUGUGAGUCUAAGAAACAAGCUGUUGCUCUUAUGGCGACAUGAAAUGUGUUGAGUGUAGACACUAAUUUGUCAGAAAAGUUGUUUCUUGAUGAGAAGUUGAAGACUUUGUCAAUGGAGGAAGAAUGAAUAUUUAUGAAGGAUAGAUUUAUGUUAUGUUAAUGUUAGCUUACGGUCUGAAUGUCAACUUGUCACUAUAAUUGUACUGUUGCAGUUUUUGUUGUUAACAUUAUCUCUGAUUUGUUGAGCUAUAAAACCCCCUACAACCUUAUUUAAUUCAGGAUGCAUACGUAGAUUCAGUUGCUGCUGCCUUAACGCCCUGAACCAACUCAGUUUCUCCUCAAUAAACUGUAACACUCAU